CUUUGAGUGGGUGCACGACAACGGGCGGUGAUGCAGGACAACGAGCGGUGGCAGUGCGGGGAGGCAGCCGUGGUCCGUUGCUGGGAGGUGGGCCAUCACCGGGGAGAAGCCACACCGACCCUGGCCCGUUGCUCGGGUCGAGACGGGAACGACGGCGUUGCUCAUUCAACUCCCGACACCCGCACCGCAACAAGCGCCGAGCUGCGCCAACCAGGUCCCGCACAGUGCAGCCAACCACACUGGCAGACGAAGUCUGCGGUCACUCCAGCAACAGCAACACCCCUGCCACCAGCGCCAUGCGCGGCGACGCGAAGGAACAAAGGCAACAAAAGCAACAAGGGAAUUGCUCAAGUGCCGCCCAGUGCAAUCGUGCACACGCACACACGCACACGCACGCGUGAGCGAGGUCUCCCUGCGCCCACAAAAGGCCAUUCAUCCAUACCCCCGCGCGCACGCACACGCACACGCAUACACAGAGAGACACUCGAGUGGCAUCUGUGAGCCUGCAGCAGACACUUCCGCUUUGCCAGACCUCGCUUUGCAGCACUGCAGCAUAUCACGACAACACACACACACAGCCAAUCAUGAUGAAGACGGUUUUUGCACUCGCCUUCCUGGCGUCCAUCGCCCUCUGCCGCGGUGCGGUGGUUGUGUCGGAGAUUGAGAGCUUUGAUGUUAUUGGCGACUACAUUGACCAGAAGACACACGCAAGGGACCCCUGCGUCAGAAUCACAAACGCCCACGAGGGCUUCCGCUUCAACAUUGCCACGGAAGAGACGCUUGUUCCCAUUUGCCUGAGCCUGUGCCCCGACAGCCGCCUCGGCUACGAGAUCACGGAGGGCUGCGACGAGGAGUGCGAUUUCUGCCUGGAGGCCCUGGAGUGCGUGGACGAUAACCCGCCAGAGCACCCCGGCAGCUGCCGCGCCAUUGUCGACCUCGACUGCGACGAGGGUCCGUUCACGUGCCUGCCGAGCAACACCGGCGUGCGCUUCACCCCGGCCGACGUGCCCGAGGGCGUUUCCCAGGCAGAUCUCCCGCGCAAGGAGCUUGCCUCUGAGGACGGCUUCAUUGCCUUUGUCACGCGCGAGUGGUGCACGGGCAACAACGAGACAUUCGACCUCCUCCCCUGCAGCCCCGGCCGUGAGAACUGCCACGCCAUGGAGCCCUGCGAGUCUGAGAGCUACGACUGCUGCUACCUCGCAUCAAGCCUGGCCCUGACGACAACCACCACCACCACCACCACAACCACCACAACUACAACCACCACUACCUCCACAACCACCACCACCGAGGCUGUGACAAGCUCCUUCUUCUUCACAGGCUUUUGAAUAAGCAUACACACACCUACCACCCUUAACACUGCCCCUUUCUGUUUUGCUGUCCGUCCGUGUGUCGUAUCCUCUACUGUUGCUGUGUUGCGGUAGUUGUAAUUGUGUCGACUGGGCGUAUCAUGAUGUUAUGUACAAGCUGCCUUGGGUGCGCCCAGGGCAACACUCAUUCUCGUCUUUUCGUGUUGGCUGGGUGCUGUGGCCCUUGGUCAGUCGCUUCUCCUGCCCUUUCUGUCCUGUGGUUCCCCUUUUGCGUGUGCGCCUCUUUCUCUCUUCCCGUCCCUGUGUAUAUGUGCCUGUUGCAGUUCGCACCCACCACCGUAUUUGCCCAGUGCAUUGGUGUUCUCCCAGCUUGAUGAGGCUCCACCUCACGGCUUUUGGUUCGUGGUUUUUUGGUGUGUAUGGAAACCAAUGAAGACAACAUAUGAAACAUC